UUCCAAUGUACUUAAAUCACUUAUAUGUUAUAGUACGCCAAGAGGGAAACCGUAUGCAAUAUAAUUUAAUAUGUAUUUCUCAAUGAUACGUACAAAAAAACUGUGAAUGCUGUUAUCUCGACAUGCGCGCGCAAGUACGGCUUCUUUGACACAAAAACACAAAAACCCUCGCAUUUAUUGGCUUACGUCGAACAGACACGACCGGAAAAAUACGGUGAAAUUUUCCGGAAUAACUCGACGAUUUUCUAAAAUUCAACUCGGACAAGGCGGCCUUAUUAAAAGCUAGUCCAGUCCGCUGGACUAUAAAUUAUCUUCACCUGUAAUGGAGAAAGGUGAUCGCGUUUCAGAAUAUUUGUUCGCGAAGAUGGGCCCAGGGGACCGGGGGCCGAAGACCACAGACCCCAGGUCUGCUGCUGCCGCAGUGGAAUAUACCGGGUUGAGGAAGUGGUUUAUAGAUAAUACACUUCUGGUUGUGACCUUGGCUGGCGUAUUGAGCGGCAUUACUAUAGGUUUCGGUCUCCGACCUUAUCACCUGGGUGCCGAUGCUCUCAUGAUAAUUUCAUAUCCUGGAGAAUUGUUCAUGAGGCUAUUAAAACUCAUGAUUCUACCUCUGGUGAUAGCCAGUCUCAUUGCUGGUUCGGCCAGUCUCAAUGCGAAGAUGAGUGGUAAAAUCGCUUUAAGAACCUUAUCCUACUUUGUCUUAACAUCAAUGUUCAAUGCUUUUCUGGGAGUAGUUUUGGCGGUGUUGAUUCACCCAGGUGAAUCUUAUUUGAAAGAUAUUUCUGGUACACCAGUUCAGAAGAGCGACCAUAGUAUAUUAGAUAGUCUUCUGGAUAUCGGUCGAAACAUCUUCCCAGAUAACAUAGUACAGGCUGCAUUUCAGCAAGCACAUACCGUUUAUGUCCAGCCCCAGACAAUAUUAUCAAGUAAUGGUACAGAUAAUGGCACACAACCAGCCUUGGUUAGAGUAGUUCAAUAUAGGUCGGGAACAAAUACAUUAGGUUUAGUAUUUUUCUGCUUAGUAUUUGGCAGUUUACUAGGCACCCUCGGAGCAAAAGGGCAAGUUGUUGUGGAUUUCUUCCAGGCGAUAUUCGAGGUGAUCAUGAAAAUGGUGACAGGAGUAAUGUGGUUCACACCUGUGGGUGUGAGUAGCGUUAUUGCUGGAAAGAUUCUUGGAGUUGAUAAUGUUGCGCAAGUGAUGUCGCAACUCGCCUGGUUCAUAACAACAGUUACGAUUGGCGUAUUCUUUUAUCAGCUCAUAGUGAUGCAAUUACUUUACUUUCUUUUCCUUAGAAGAAACCCAUACAAGUUCUAUUGGGGAUUAUCUCAUGCUAUGUUGACGGCUUCUGCCACUGCAUCCACUGCAGCAGCGUUACCGAUAACAUUCCGUGCGAUGGAAGGGCCGCUACAUAUCGACUCCCGUAUUACCCGAUUCGUUCUGCCUAUAGGCUGUAACAUAAAUAUGGACGGUACAGCUCUCUUUCUAGCGGUUGCCAGUGUCUUUAUAUGCCAGAUGAAUAAUAUGCAUAUGGGAUUUGCUCAACUGGCAACUAUAUUCUUAACAUCGACGGCAACUUCAUUAUCAUCAGCGUCAGUUCCGUCGGCAGCAAUGGUACUCCUCCUCGUGGUGCUGGCUGCAGUGGAUGCACCAACACAGGAUGUUUCGUUAUUAUUCGCCGUCGACUGGCUGGUUGACAGGAUACGGACCACAAACAAUAUGUUGGGAGAUUGCUACACAGCGGCUAUUGUGGAACACCUAUCAAAACAUGAAUUGAUGGCGUGUGAUGCUGCGUCUAUGGAACCAGUAGCUACGAAUGGCACUUUGCCGACCACAACAACAGACUUAGAUAUAGUUUCAUCGAAGAAGUCCUUAGAGUCCGAUGAUGUUGUUAUAGACAUGCAUUUAGGUAAUAAUAAGAGUUAGUUAUUGUUAUGUAAUCGGUAAUCAUCGUAAUUUUUACACAUUUAUGUAAUCAUGUAUCUAAAACAUCGCAAUGUAAUUUCGAGCUUGGAACGGGAGAAACUAGACUAAAUCAAUGGAAUGAGGAUCAACUUAUGCAGCGGUGAUUGCUCACAAAAAUUUAAACCAUUUAAUUUAACUUCGUUAUAAGCUGUGACAUACAAUUUCUUUCCUUAUCAUCCGUUUAUAUGAAAAUCGUUAAUCAACACAUGCAUUUUGUAGGUGGUCCAAUUCCUUGUUUAUAAGAAUCCUGUGAAUUUUUACUUAGUUUUACAUUUAAAAGCUAUUGCAGUUACAGUAGGAUUACAAUAUAAUUAGAUUAUAGAUGUAGGUAUGUCAACGUUAAAACUGUAGGUGUUUUGUUAUAUUUGUGCGAAUACGAUCAAAAUAUUACCUUUGUUUCGUGAUUUUAUGCAUUUAGAUACGAUUUGAAGACACUACUGUUGAAAUACCCAAAACGUAAUGUUAUACACAGUGUUUCCUAAUGUUUUUUGUGCCAACCUAAAAAUCUUUUGCCCAUAUGUAAUAUAAUUUAUAUAUUAAAAAAAUGAACUGUUUACUUAAAAAAAUUAAAUGAAAGGUAGAAAGAAAUGACUAGGAAAAGUAAUUUUUUUAAACUAAAAACUGGAAUUCAAAUUCCAAAUAAUUGAAAUAAAGAUUUUUUCUAUGUUAAAUUACUGAGUUUUCUAUAUUAAUUAAUUCCUUACGCCUGAUGCUUGCUACACAGAGAUUUUAUAUUGGGUUCCAAUUCGUCACAUUGUGUUAUAUCCAGUUGAAUUCGAUUGCCCCCCUUACCACUCAAAUUGCCCCCUGUGGGGCAUGGGCCCCACGUUGGGAAACACUGGUCUAACACACAGGUUUAUGACAUGUAAAGCUGUAAGGUUAGCAAGUAACAAGGAGCUUUCUAAUUUCUUAGGCGUAAUAUUUUGAACGUAUUUUCACAUGUAGCUAUAGGCAUUCGUGUUUGAAUACACAAAGGUCAAACGCGUAAUACUUAAAGCUAUUUUUGAAGAGCUCCUUAAUCAGAUUGACAUUUGUGUAUUUGAACUGAAGUGUAGGGUAAACAGAUAUUAAUCUGCUCAAGCCCUUAUUUAAUUCGGGGCCUAUUCAAUUAUGAAGUAUUAUCAUAUAGACUUUAUACUUUGUGAUAAUGUAGGUAUUGUAGUAUAGCCCCAACUGUGAUAUGUAUGUUCAAUUUAUAUUAGGAAUAAAGAGCUUUAAUCGUG